AUGACUAUCAGUAUGACUAUCAGCGUGACUAUCAGCGUGACUAUCAGCGUGACUAUCAGUGUGACUAUCUGUGUGACUAUCAGCGUGACUAUCAGUGUGACUAUCAGCGUGACUAUCAGCGUGACUAUCAAUGUGACUAUCAGCGUGACUAGCAGUGUGACUAUCAGUGUGACUAUCAGUGUGACUAUCAGAGUGACUAUCAGCGUGACUAGCAGUGUGACUAUCAAUGUGACUAUCAGUGUGACUAUCAAUGUGACUAUCAAUGUGACUAUCAGCGUGACUAGCAGUGUGACUAUCAGUGUGACUAUCAGCAUGACUAGCAGUGUGACUAUCAGUGUGACUAUCAGUGUGACUGUCAGUGUGACUAUCAGUGUGACUAUCAGCGUGACUAUCAAUGUGACUAUCAGCGUGACAAUCAGCGUGACUAUCAGCGUGACUAUCAGCGUGACUAUCAAUGUAACUAUCAGCGUGACUGUCAGUGUGACUAUCAGCGUGACUAUCAGUGCGACUAUCAGCGUGACUAUCAGUGUGACUAUCAGUGUGACUGUCAGCAUGACUAUCAGCGUGACUAUCAGCGUGACUAUCAGCGUGACUAUCAGUGUGACUAUCUGUGUGACUAUCAGCGUGACUAUCAGUGUGACUAUCAGCGUGACUAUCAGCGUGACUAUCAAUGUGACUAUCAGCGUGACUAGCAGUGUGACUAUCAGUGUGACUAUCAGAGCGACUAUCAGAGCGACUAUCAGCGUGACUAGCAGUGUGACUAUCAAUGUGACUAGCAGUGUGACUAUCAAUGUGACUAUCAAUGUGACUAUCAGCGUGACUAGCAGUGUGACUAUCAGUGUGACUAUCAGCAUGACUAGCAGUGUGACUAUCAGUGUGACUAUCAGUGUGACUGUCAGUGUGACUAUCAGUGUGACUAUCAGCGUGACUAUCAAUGUGACUAUCAGCGUGACUAUCAGCGUGACUAUCAAUGUAACUAUCAGCGUGACUGUCAGUGUGACUAUCAGCGUGACUAUCAGUGCGACUAUCAGCGUGACUAUCAGUGUGACUAUCAGUGUGACUGUCAGCGUGACUAUCAGCGUGACUAUCAAUGUGACUAUCAGUGUGACUAUCAGUGUGACUAUCCGUGUGACUAUCAGUGUGACUAUCAAUGUGACUAUCAGCGUGACUAUCAGCGUGACUAUCAGCGUGACUAUCAGCGUGACUAUCAAUGUGACUAUCAGUGUGACUAUCAGCGUGACUAUCAGUGUGACUAUCAGCGUGACUAUCAGCGUGACUAUCAAUGUGACUAUCAGCGUGACUAGCAGUGUGACUAUCAGUGUGACUAUCAGUGUGACUAUCAGAGCGACUAUCAAUGUGACUAUCAGCGUGACUAGCAGUGUGACUAGCAGUGUGACUAUCAGUGUGACUAUCAGUGUGACUAUCAAUGUGACUAUCAAUGUGACUAUCAGCGUGACUAGCAGUGUGACUAUCAGUGUGACUAUCAGCAUGACUAGCAGUGUGACUAUCAGUGUGACUAUCAGUGUGACUGUCAGUGUGACUAUCAGUGUGACUAUCAGCGUGACUAUCAAUGUGACUAUCAGCGUGACUAUCAGCCUGACUAUCAGUGUGACUAUCAAUGUGACUAUCAGUGUGACUAUCAGCGUGACUAUCAGUGUGACUAUCAGCGUGACUAUCAAUGUAACUGUCAGCGUGACUAGCAGCGUGACUAGCAGUGUGACUGUCAGUGUGACUAUCAAUGUGACUAUCAGCAUGAUUAGCAGUUUGACUAUCAGCAUGACUAUCAGCGUGACUAUCAGUGUGACUAUCAGUGUGACUAUCAGCGUGACUAUCAGCGUGACUGUCAGGGUGACUAUCAAUGUGACUAUCAGUGUGACUGUCAGUGUGACUAUCAGCGUGACUAUCAAUGUGACUAUCAGUGUGACUAUCAGCGUGACUAUCAGUGUGACUAUCAGUGUGACUAUCGGUGUGACUAUCAGCGUGACUAUCAGCGUGACUAUCAGCGUGACUAUCAGCGUGACUGUCAGUGUGACUAUCAGCGUGACUAUCAGUGUGACUAUCAGUGUGACUAUCAGUGUGACUAUCAGCGUGACUAUCAAUGUGACUAUCAGUGUGACUAUCAGCGUGACUAUCAAUGUGACUAUCAGUGUGACUAUCAGCGUGACUAUCAGUGUGACUAUCGGCGUGACUAUCAGCGUGACUAUCAGCGUGACUAUCAGCGUGACUGUCAGUGUGACUAUCAAUGUGACUAGCAGUGUGACUAUCAGUGUGACUAUCAGUGUGACUAUCAAUGUGACUAUCAGUGUGACUAUCAGUGUGACUAUCAGUGUGACUAUCAGCAUGACUAUCAGUGUGACUAUCAGCGUGACUAUCAGCGUGACUGUCAGGGUGACUAUCAAUGUGACUAUCAGUGUGACUAUCAAUGUGACUAUCAGUGUGACUAUCAGCGUGACUAUCAGUGUGACUAUCAGUGUGACUAUCGGCGUGACUAUCAGCGUGACUAUCAGCGUGACUAUCGGCGUGACUGUCAGUGUGACUGUCAAUGUGACUAUCAGCGUGACUAGCAGUGUGACUAUCAGUGUGACUAUCAGUGUGACUAUCAGCGUGACUAUCAAUGUGACUAUCAGUGUGACUAUCGGCGUGACUAUCAAUGUGACUAUCAAUGUGACUAUCAGUGUGACUAUCAGCGUGACUAUCAAUGUGACUAUCAGUGUGACUAUCAGCGUGACUAUCAAUGUGACUAUCAAUGUGACUAUCAGCAUGACUAGCAGUGUGACUGUCAGUGUGACUGUCAGUGUGACUAUCAGUGUGACUAUCAGUGUGACUGUCAGUGUGACUAUCAGCGUGACCUCUGAGAAGGUUGAUUGCGUGAUUGCUUGA